AUGCAAGAUUCCCUCGCUGCGGCCGCCAGAGUCCGGAAUGCCGCAGCCCUGGCCCUUUGCGUCGCCGACGUCACCUGUCAUCCAUCAGUCGGCGACAACGCGCUUGCAUACCGGGCACACGGACACACGGACACACGGACACAAGAACACACGGGCGCACGCACACUGCGGGCAAAUUCAAAUUUAACGGCCGUCGCGUACCGUGCGUCAUUUAGUCAAGUGACGCGGCGCUACCGGCAUGGCUCGGCGUGGCGGCGGCGGCGUCCUCACAGGCCGGCAUCGGCCGCUCCAAUUGUCCGAAUUAGCAUACUUAUGUCGCGGCGCCUCCGAAUUCGCCUCGUGUCGACGCCUCAAAGGGCGCGCCGACACCAAGCCAUAAUCGCCCCAAACCGCUCCGCU